AUGUUGACAUCAAAACUAUACGAUGAAGUUUGUAAUAUUGCUUCUAAUAUCUAUAUGGAAAAUGAAAACACAGGAAUAGAAUUUUCAUGUUUGUUGGAAUUGGAAGCUACGGACGAUCCUCAUAAACUUUCUAAAAAGAUAGUUGAACUCCAAGAUAAAGAAAAUCAACAAAAUAUAGUAACUAUUGAAAAUAUUGCAGGGUUAGAAGAUAAUGAAAAUAGCGAGAAUGAUUUAGACGAUUUAUAUCAAGAUUACGAAUUAUAUCUUACUAAAGCACUUAAAAUCAUUCAAGAGCAAAGAUUAAAACAAAAUUAUAGAUGGGCAAAAUCUGUAAAAAGCAGCUUUGCAGGGUUAAAAAAAUGGUAA